GAAAUCCAACUGCCAAAGUGUUUUGCAACCGCCGCUACUGGUGUGACCAAUACAUGAAAAUGAUGUCCGUUGAUAUUCGGAACGGUUCUUUUCAUAUUAUUUGAUUCAUUGAGAAAAAUCCACGUCACUCUUCUGUUCUCUUCCCCAAUCCCAUGAACAAACAGAUUCACCCAAAAAAAAACCAUCGGGAGAGAGAGAGAGAGAUCCGAGAAAGUGGGUGGGCCUGUCAGAAUCCGACGUGGGGCAAAAUUGCAAGUUCCGUGCUUUCUCGGAGAGCGAAGAACGAAAAGACCUAAUCAAUGGCUCCGCAUCGAUGAAGUCAAAGCGAGGAAAUUGAAUCCUCUUCAGAUUGAGCGUUCAUAAAUACAUAGCUUCCCUCUGUUGGAACAUUACCCACAAAUACGGAAAGCCAUUCUGGGUUUUUGAUCGAAUUGGGUUUUCUGCGCAAUACAAGAUGGAUCCACGAAGUCCCAGACAAGGUCACGUCAUUGAGGUUAGCAUCGAAAAUCAUGGCGGAGAGAGGACAUACAGAGGAAACACAAUAAUAUGUGGUGAAGCACCAUGUGGGUUUUCAGACAGUAGCGCUUCUUCCAGAGAUGCCGAGGAAAGAACCGCUUCCAUGCGCAAGCUCUGUAUAGCGGUGGUAUUAUGUCUCAUAUUCAUGAGCCUUGAAGUGGCUGGUGGCAUUAAAGCCAAUAGUUUGGCAAUUUUAACCGAUGCAGCUCAUUUGCUUUCUGAUGUUGCUUCCUUUGCAAUCUCCUUGUUCUCUCUUUGGGCUGCUGGCUGGGAAGCCACUCCACGUCAGAGUUACGGGUUCUUCAGGAUCGAGAUUUUGGGUGCACUCGUUUCGAUACAGCUCAUAUGGCUGCUCACUGGCAUUCUGGUUUAUGAAGCCAUUGUUAGACUCGUUAACGAGACACAACCUGUUGAUGGCUUUCUUAUGUUUCUGGUUGCUGCUUUUGGUCUGGUGGUAAACAUCAUAAUGGCUGUUCUGCUUGGACAUGACCAUAGCCAUGGCCAUGAACAUCACAAUCACAGUAGCGACCACGGGCAUGGAGUGAUGGUUAGCACCCACCACCAUCAUCAUCAUGAUCAUGAAGAGCAUGGCAAAGAAGGUGAACACGAUCACGAUGGUCAUGGGGAUCAUACCGAGCCAUUGUUGGGUAAGUCGAAACAUGGGCUUGAAGAGAAGGAUAAGAAGAAGAGGAACAUCAAUAUCCAAGGGGCUUAUCUUCAUGUCCUGGGGGAUUCCAUCCAGAGCGUUGGGGUAAUGAUCGGAGGGGCAAUCAUCUGGUAUAAUCCGGAAUGGAGAAUAGUUGACUUGAUCUGCACUCUAGUCUUUUCGGUUAUCGUCUUGGGAACAACUAUCAACAUGCUCCGAAGCAUACUCGAGGUUCUGAUGGAGAGCACACCCAGAGAGGUCGACGCUACGAAGCUCGAAAGGGGUUUGCUUGAAAUGGAAGAAGUGGUAGCCGUUCAUGAGCUACACAUCUGGGCUAUCACAGUAGGCAAAGUUCUGUUGGCCUGCCACGUCAAAAUCAGUCCAGAAGCAGAUGCCGACAUGGUUCUGAACAAAGUGAUCGACUACAUCCGGACAGAGUACAACAUCAGUCAUGUUACAAUACAAAUUGAGCGCUAAACAAAAGCGGAGUUUGGUUUCUGUAGCGCUCUCAUGCAAUAAAAACAUAAGCUUGAUCGAUUUCUACUCCCUCCUGUCAGCGCUUCUGUUAAAAUCUUAUUCUGUGUUUUGACAUGUAAUUUGUAAGCCGAAUGCUUCUUACUACGGAUCCUAUCCACU